AAACCAAAACAAAAAGUUGCUGUGCAGGUAUUUCGACUAAGUCAAGUAGUGUGCUACAUGCGUGGCGUUUUAAUGGCUACUCUGUCUAGAUUUCGUGGUAGUUUAGUGGGGGCAGUUCUGGGAGACUGCAUUGGAGCUAUAUACGAGUGUGAAGGGAAUGUCAAACUGAAAGACGUGCUGAAGACGGUGAAGGAUAUUGAAACGAGAUAUAAAGAAUUGGAAGAUGGCAAGAAAUUGGAGCUUCUACCUUUCACAGAUGACACAGCCAUGGCUAGAAGUGUGGCUGCAUCUCUCAUCGCCAAGAAAGGAUUCGAUGUCAAGGAUAUGGCAAAACGGUUUGCAGACGAGUUCCGCCAUGAACCAGACCGUGGUUAUGGAGGGAGUGUAGGUGCCGUCUUCAUUGCUUUGAGGCUCAAUAACCCCGAAGAUGUCUUUGAGCCUGCAAGGAAGCAGUUUGAUGGUCAAGGUUCCUUUGGCAACGGUGGCGCCAUGAGGAUAGCUCCUGCAGCAUUAGGCUGCAUGAAAGAUGGGUUUGAGAAGCUCAAGACUGUUACCGUUGAUACCAGCCAGAUCACACAUUCCCACCCCCAGGCAAUACAGGGGGCAGUGUUACAGAGUAGUGCUGUGGAUCUGGCUCUCAGGGAGGACCAAUCAAAACAGUUGGACAGGGAACGGUUCCUGGACAGGCUCAUUGAGAGAAUUAAGCCUAUGGAGGAGGAACAACUGGAGAAAUCCAAGAAGGAAGAGAAAGUGUCGGGUUCACCGAAACGUAAAGCUAAGAGGGUGUCAGACACAGUGAAGAUGCCAUAUUGUCAUAAACUGGAAAAAAUAAAAGAGUUCCUCCAGAAAGAUGUGUCUGUCAGUGACAUCGAGGAAGAGUUAGGCAAUGAUAUCUCUGCCUUAGGCUCUGUUCCUGCAGCUGUGUACAGCUUCUUGAAGGCUUAUAAGGAAAUACCUGGCAUUGAGACUGACAGUGCCUUUGAAAGGACGAUCAUUUACGCCAUAUCUCUUGGAGGAGACACAGACACCAUCGCCACCAUGGCAGCAGCUAUGGCUGGAGCGUACUAUGGCUACGAGGCUAUUCCUCAGUCCUGGCAGGCAUCGUGUGAAGGUGUGGAGGAUGCCAAGAAGUUCGCCCAGGACUUGCUGGAGCUGCAGUAGCCGCAGUAACAGCUGGAGCUGCGGUAGCCGCUGGAGCUGCAGUAGCCGCAGUAGCUGCUGGAGCUGCAGUAGCCGCAGUAACUGCUGGAGCUGCAGUAGCUCAGUAACAGAGACAGCAAAUCUUCGAAGUCUCAUACCGUAUUCUACAGUGAUGUCACAUUUCUUUAAUUUGCUAAAUGCAGAUUUUGUGCUGAGGUUGCAAAUGAGUAUUUAUUUAACCCUUUGUGAUAAGAGCAUGUUUGUCAACUAUUCACAGGUGUCAGUAUUUCAUUAUGAAUUACCUUCACUCAAAGACUGACAAUAAGUCAGUGUUAUUCUAGUUUAUCUUGUCUUGUGUGUACAUUGUUUAUGAAUAGAAAUUUACUACAAUCUGGUAUUUUGGAUGAAUUAUUAUUAUUUUCAAAGGUAGUAUUACAAAUAAAAUAAAAUAAAUGACAUAACAUCCUCAAUUUUGACAUAAAAUAAUAUUCUGUAAUUUCCACCCAAGAAUCAUUCUCAAUAAUUAAGUCUGUUUUGUUACCACUCUCCUUGACAAACCACCCUUGGCCAUUUGCCACCAUAAAUCAGUUUUAGGCUGAAAACCUCUACACUUGAAAUAGAGAGCCAAUUACUUAUAGGUCAAAGAUGUUGUGUGUUGUUAGUGACAGCAGAAUGGAGUUGUCACUUCCAGAACAAAGCUUUGAAAGUUAAUGGUUCCAAGUCUUUAUCGUUAUAGGAUGGAAAUGUGAUACACAAGAUAAUUAAGGUGAUGUGGCCAAUAUUAUUGUGCUUAUAUGCUGAUGUGUAUACGUGGUGUGUGUGUGUGCUGUGUGUGCGUGUGCGUGUGGUUGCUGGAAGAAUGGCAGUUUUAUCGUCUGGCCCAAAGUUUUAAGAUGGACACCUCACUCAGGCAUGUACAAUGAAUCAAUCCCCUAAAGUCCUUGCUUUAUCUUUUAUCGCCCUAAUAUAAAGAACAAGGUUGAGUAACAUCAAGUAUAUUUUUUUAAUUUAUUUGGUACAUGUCCAGGGGUCAAACCACCUACCUUCCGCCCUACAAGCAAAUGCCCUGUCAGCUAGACAAUGGACUGACUGACUGAGUUUGGUUUUACACCGCUUUUAGCAAUAUUCCAGCAACAUCACGGCGGUCUAGACAAUGGAAGUCAUGUCCAUGAAUUAACUGCAUGUACAUUAUGCAGUAAGCAGGAACAGCUGUCCAUGUGAGUUUUCAUAUUGAAACAACACUGUUCCAAUUAAUUCCUGAACGAGACUUCAGCAGUUAUUUCAAGUAAUUGAUUUUCAGGGUGAUCUUAUUUUAGAACUUAACAAUGUUAUUCCAACCUAUUUUAGUCACAUUUUAUCGUCUUUGCCAGCUCUAUGAUGUGUGAUGAUGCUGAUUGAGACAGCAGAUGUUGGUACCAGUUAUUGGUGCGGAAGUGGAUCAGGUACUUGGCAGAAUGUCAUUUUACAUAAUUUAUAUGACCAAUAAAGGCAGCAUAAAUACUUCUUGUAACUAUCA